AUGGCUUUACAACCAUACUAUGGAAGAAAAUUAUUUUUAACAAGAUGGAUUAUAAAAUUUAUUCCUUCUGAUGAGGAUCCUCUUGAUUUUAAUGUUAAAUUAGCUGGUUUAAUGACACCAACUCCUGUGGGAACAAUUGAAGAUACAUUUGAAUAUCCAAGAAGACGAAAAAGAAAAUAUUAUACAUUUACCCCGUAUACAACAGAUUUUUUAGAAACUGUUCAUGGUGCUAAGUUAUUAGAAUUUGAAAACAAAGAAACCAUUGUUUUAGUUGAUGGAAUGUCAUAUGAAGAGGGUUUAAAAGUUGGAUACCCUGUUAGUUUUAUAGAUUACUUUAGAUUUGGUUUUCCACCAACGUGGGAAUUUAUAAUUUCAAAAUUUUAUUUAUCAAGACAAAGAUGUAUAGCAAAUUCUGAAAUGCCACGAGCUAUAAAAGGUAUUCUUAAAAGUAAUUCAACGAUGUCAAAUGAAUCAAAGGGUAAGAAAAGAAGCAAAAAUAAAGAUGUAAAUAAUGAUUGUUCUGUUUUGAGAGAACAAAACAAAGAAAAUGAUAAGAAUAGUUAUUUUUCAAAUUCAAAAGAUACUUCUUCUAAUGAUACAAAAAGCGUAUCUCAAAUGGAAUCUCCACAAAAACAUUCAGAAACGUUUAGUAUGUCUCUUCGUUCUAGAAGUAGGAAAAAUCAAUUUCAAGGAAAUUCUAAGAAAAUGGAUGAAUGCCAACAAAAUACUAAAGUAAAUAAUCGAUCUCGUGGGAAAUCUUUAGAAAAAUUAACUAAGAAAGACAAAAUCUCUGUGCCGUCAAGGAGAAAUGAAACUCAACAGCAAAAAGGACGCUCUCAGUCACUUAAGAUUCCUGAGAAUGCAGGAUAUUCUCCAAACUUUAGUGGUAAAAAACAUCUUGUUCAAGAGAAACAUCUGCAAUUAAAAAAAGUCUUUCAACAGAAAGAAACACUUUUACUUUCAGAUAAUAAAAAAAUUGAACAACCACUAAAAAGUUGUUUAAAAAAAAAUUCUUCAUCAAUAGCUCAAAAGAAAGAUACUACAAGUACAAAACCAUCACUUUAUACUCAACAGCAACAUACAUUUUUCAAAAAUAAAUUGUUGAAGGAAAAAAUGUUUCCAAUUAAUAAACAAUCUGUUACCUCAAAACGCCUUUCUGAAUACCAUGAAGAUUCUCCAAAAACAAAAAACCCUCGCCAAGCUUCAUUAAAUGAAUAUAAUUUUUCUUUUUUGCCAAGGAGAAAUGUUGAACCAAAAUCAAGUGAGGCGUAUUUAAACAUAGUUUUAAAAAAAAAUAUUCGACUGUUGUAA